CAUCUGCAAGUUUCAAUAGAUAACUCGAUUGCUGAAGAAUUCGGUACGCGUUGCCAACAUUUUAUGUUAUCCAGAAUUGCAAAAAUUGAAUGUUGUGUAUCUUUGACUAAUAGAAGCGCGGGAAUAAUAAUUUUGAAUGAACUUAGUGAACUGUAAACAAAAUUAAUUUAAAUAAUACUUCGCUCGUAAAAUUGUGUCAAAUCGCAGCUGUGUGCCAUAGCAUUCGUGUGUUACUGCAGCCUAGCAGAAGGCAACAUCCUCUAGUUAUUACAGAGUGAUGUGGACUAUUUGCCGCCUACAACCCGAACCUGGAUUUUAAUGAACUAUUUCAAUACACUGUUCUACAAAGUGUUAUAUUCCAUAAACAUUAUCAUUUUGACGUCCCUUGACAAGUUUUUAAGUUGAACUCAAGAAAGAAGAAGAAGCCAGCAAGAUGAGUUUCAAUAAAAACAACCCCAACGCCAUGGGGAAGAUCAUGGGCUACAUCAAGCAGCUCUCCACCGAAGUGGGUGGGAGCGAGCAAACUCGCCGAGGCCAAGGCGACGAGGAGAGGUUGUACCGGACCCGAGGGCCCAAGUACUCUAGAGUCCCAUCAAGACCAACGCUUUCUGCUUCUACGACCUGUACCUCUCUGGCAGAAUCUUGUGGGUCCCAAGGGACAUUGGUGCCUAACUACGCAACAAUCCCAGAAACCGUUUCCACUGAAAGCAGCAGUGAAGACGAACAGGACUCAUUCGAGAACACCCGUCGCCAUUUCCAACAACUUCGGCAGAUCAGUCUAGGAAACGAGUUUAAGUACAAGAUGGAGAUGGAAAUAAAGAGUGCGAAGGAGGAGAAUUUGAGAAAUUCGAUUCCUUUUGUCAAACAACUGAGCACAGACAGCAGUAAAGUAAAACCGGACUAUGCAAUCAACGGGGAUACUCCACCAUAUGCUCCGACAACCCAACGACUAUUUCUGUGGACACAACUUUUGGCCGCAUUCGCUGUGUCCAUGGGUUCGUUGAUUGUCGGCUUCUCGUCCGGCUAUACUUCUCCUGCAUUGAUAAGCAUGAACUCUACGCUUCACAUGACUAAAGAAGAGUCAACAUGGGUCGGCGGUCUUAUGCCUCUGGCUGCAUUGGUUGGUGGAGUCGCAGGAGGACCUCUGAUAGAAUGCAUUGGAAGACGAUGGACCAUAAUGGGAAUGGCUUUACCAUUCUUCCUCGGCUGGAUGCUCAUAGCAACUGCGUCAAACGUGCUAAUGGUGUUCGCUGGAAGAGUUUUCUGCGGAGUGUGUGUCGGAAUAGUCUCCCUUGCAUUCCCAGUUUACCUCGGUGAAACGCUACAGCCCGAAGUACGAGGUGCAUUUGGAUUGUUGCCUACUGCCUUUGGUAACACUGGAAUACUUUUAUCAUUCUUUGUGGGUAGCUACCUUGACUGGUCGAAACUAGCAUUCUUUGGAGCUGCAUUACCGGUACCAUUCUUCCUGCUCAUGCUGCUAACGCCUGAAACCCCGCGCUGGUUUGUGUCCAAAGGACGCCCUGAAGAUGCUCGUAAAGCGCUUCAAUGGCUUCGAGGAAAAAAUACAAACGUUGACAAGGAAAUGAAGGAUCUUACACGUACACAGGCUGAUUCGGAUAGAACAGGAGGAAAUGCUUUCAGACAACUUUUUACUCUUAAAUACAUGCCCGCUGUCCUUAUUUCUCUUGGAUUAAUGUUAUUCCAACAGUUAAGUGGUAUUAAUGCAGUAAUUUUCUACGCCGCGUCAAUCUUCAAAAUGUCUGGAAGCACUGUUGACGAAAACUUAUCUAGUAUCAUAAUUGGAAUCGUCAACUUUGUUUCUACAUUUAUUGCCACCGCUAUCAUUGACCGCUUGGGACGUAAAAUGUUGUUAUACAUUUCCUCAGUUUCUAUGAUAGUUACUUUAGUUUCACUGGGAGCUUACUUUUAUGUGAUGGAUUCAGGAGUUGAUGUCACGGCUUUUGGAUGGUUGCCACUUGCUUGUCUUGUCAUUUAUGUACUGGGAUUCUCUAUUGGCUUUGGACCUAUCCCGUGGCUCAUGUUAGGUGAAAUUCUACCAUCCAAAAUCCGUGGCACAGCUGCAUCUCUUGCGACUGGAUUCAACUGGACGUGUACGUUCAUUGUCACUAAAACUUUCCACAAUAUCAUCGACGCCAUUCAUAUGUACGGUACAGUGUGGCUGUUUGCUGUCAUUUGUUUAAUUGGGCUGUUUUUCGUAAUAUUCUUUGUCCCUGAGACUCGAGGUAAAAGUUUAGAGGAGAUUGAAAGGAAAUUAACUGGGGGUUCACGAAGAGUACGGCAUAUUAGCAGCAGUAAGCAACCACAAAAUGGCUGUUAACUCCCGAAUUGUUUAAUGUCUAGGAAUAAUGUACAUUCCAAAAUAUCAAGUGAUGAACUGUGUUAGAAAGCAAAUUUUAGAAUAUGUAAUUAGGCAAAGCACUGAAUCAGUGCGGGCUGAAGACUGAAUGGGAAUGUAGCCAUAAGUUUUAUAUUAAUAGGUGUAAAUAAUAGUAAAUUAGAUUAGAUAUUAGAAUGUCUUGAAACAGUUCCUUUAGUUGUAAAAUUGUCGUAGCAUUCCGCUCUGCGACGGUGCUCGCUAUUAUUCAAGUUCCUUGAUAACAAUGUACUGGAUCUGUUUUGGAAGACUCAGUCGUAUUUAAAACUAUUGUGUAAUAAAUUGUACAUAGGAGAACAAUAGCAUAUCCUGUACAAUUGUAUGUAACUGUACAAUCUAUGAAAUUAACAUUUUCUAUUGCAAUUAGACUCAAACCACUCAGAGAAAGCUUGUCAAAUUUUAUAUUAAGUAGAUCUGUAACUUAUUUUAAUAAUGAUCAUGACAAAUCUGUUUAAGUAGAUACUGUAGUAACCAAAUAAUUGUUUUAAGUUGCUUGUAUAGUAUAAUUUGAUCUUCCGUUUACACUAUAUAUGAAGACUUCGUAUAUUAUGGAGUCAGUAUUUAUUGUUGUUAUUUUUAAUACAAAAUAAUUUAUAAUUCAAUA